AUGGUGCAGUGUCACUCCCUAAUCCCGGGGCCUAUAGACCUGCGGGAUAAAGCAGCUGUCGAGUCCCAUUAUGAAGGGGAGUUGGCAGCUUGUCGAGAUCCAGGCAGUCGGAUUCUGGACAUCCCUUGCAAAGUGUGCGGAGAUCGCAGCUCAGGGAAGCAUUACGGUGUUUACGCCUGUGACGGCUGCUCGGGGUUCUUCAAGAGGAGCAUCCGGAGGAACAGAACCUACGUUUGCAAAUCUGGCUCUCAGGGUGGCUGCCCCGUGGACAAAACCCACAGAAACCAGUGCAGAGCGUGCCGUUUGAAGAAGUGUCUGGAAGUGAACAUGAAUAAAGACGCCGUCCAACACGAAAGGGGCCCCCGGACGUCCACCAUCCGCAAACAAGUCGCCCUAUAUUUCCGGGGCCACAAAGAGGUGAACGGAUCGUCGACCCAUUUCCCGGGAUCCUCUCUGCCUGGCCCUCCCUUCUUCACCACGGUCACGCAACUGGAGCCUCACAACCUGGAGAUGAGCGCGGUGGCCACCACCCCGGAGAGACAGGCCAUCGUGGGCCUGGCUCAGCCCACACCGAAGUAUCCACAUGAAGUCAGCGGCACUCCGAUGUACCUCUAUGAGGUGGCCACAGAGUCUGUGUGCGAGUCUGCAGCUCGCCUCCUUUUCAUGAGCAUCAAGUGGGCCAAAAGUGUUCCCGCAUUCUCUACCCUGCCUUUAUCAGACCAGCUCAUUCUGCUGGAAGACGCGUGGAGGGAAUUAUUUGUUCUGGGUAUUGCGCAGUGGGCCAUUCCUGUGGACUCCACCACUCUUCUUGCUGUUUCUGGGAUGAACACUGAAAACACCGAGUCUCAGAGGAUGAAUAAGAUCAUGUCUGAGAUUCAGGCACUUCAGGAGGUGGUCACCAGGUUCAGACAGAUGCGCCUGGAUGCCACAGAGUUCGCCUGUUUGAAAUGCAUCGUGACAUUCAAAGCCGUUCCUACGCAUGGCAGCACUGAGAUAAGAAGUUUCCGCAACGCCAGCGCCAUUGCUGCACUACAAGACGAAGCACAGCUCACUCUCAACAGCUACAUACACACCAGGUAUCCCACUCAGCCAUGCCGCUUCGGGAAACUCCUCCUUCUCCUGCCGGCUCUCCGCUCUGUCAGCCCGUCCACCAUAGAGGAGGUUUUCUUUAAGAAGACCAUCGGGAACGUCCCCAUCACCAGGCUACUCUCCGACAUGUACAAGUCCAGCGAUAUAUGAGCACGCGCACAUAUGGGCUAUGGAAAAGACUUGAACUGAAGCCGCACAGCAGAAGUGUCAAUCAUAGCAUGUGUACCUUUGCCUCCAGUGAAACAAAGACUUCAACAAAGCCAGAAUUCACCGAGUAGCCUGUUAACAGUCAGUAUAGUCGAGGAAUAGCUUGUAACUUUCAUUAUAGUGACUGGAGCGAAACAGCCGCCAUAUUUGCUGUGGGCACAGAGAGCCUGCACUGUUUACAGACUCCGAAGAGCGUGUGUCAAGUAUGUCCUACAUAAAAAUAUUAUCUAUUCACAAGUUUUCCGAGUCUCUGAGACCAAUGAGCUUGACGACCAAUCCAGUCUUUUAUUGCUGUAUUCAAUCCCAGUGGAGGAAACCAAAUAAAGAUGACGCAUGCGUAGUGGGGACGUAAAUCGCUGUCCUCCUGAUCCGGUGCUGAAACCAAACGCAUGAGGAAACGAAAGAAAAGCGAAACCCUCGAAAGAAAUAAGAAGGAAAAAGACUUAUAUUUGUGCUGGCAUUGCCUCCAGACUGUAAAACCACAAUCAUUUGAUGAUGGUGUUUGUAUUUAAGUGGUGACUGUCCUGUUUGUGUUGUUGUGUCCUGUAUGAGGCGCAGCAGUCGAGAUGUUUAGGUCGACUUUGUCAAGUUAGACACUAACACCGGAUAAAAUGAUGUUCAGCACUUGGAAAUUCUCUUUUGUGGCCUGUGAUGUUUUUAUUCUGUUGUAAA